AUGCCUGGACGUUCGCUCCAAUUCGGCGAGGCCAAAAUCCCCAACGCGACAUCAGGGCCUCUGUAUGCGGCGGUCCACACUCUUUCCAGGUGCAGGAACAACUAUCGACAAUUAAGUCCAUGGCCACCAUCUGCUACAGGAUGCAAAACCAGGUUUACGCCGAGUUCCGAGUUUUUCUCUCGCACCCUAGCCUACACAUCCACCAACUUGCCUUCUACUGUCAAAGAAAGGCGCGACUCCUGCGCCUCAAGGAUCCUCAUCGAACAAUCAGGGCUCCUGAGAGCACACCUCCAGCACGCGUGUCUCGUGUUGUGCCGAAAAUCUGUAGAAUUUCACAUGUAUACAUUCGCUCUGAUCAAGGGGCGCACGCGGGGUGAGAGGGCGUUGAACUGGCUGGCGAGCUUCAAGUCGUUGAAGACGUUGGAGGUCGUCUUUGACCUCAGCGAUCUAGAUCAGGGGCGCGCAGCGAUUUACAGGGAGACUGAAGCUGCGCUUGUAGAGUCGGCCUGUCGACGUCUGACCCAGACCCUUCCGAGGUUGGAGAAGGUGGUUACCAGAUGGUACAUGCGUCCGGGGAGCAUCACCGAAGAAACGGCGGACCUUAUCUUGGAGCACAUCCCGCAGCUCGUGGUACAUGAGAAGUUGUUGAAAAGGCUUGCGUCUGCUUCCUGA